AUGGGGUCGUCUAUGAGAAAGAAGAAGGAGAAGAAAAAGGAUUUUCAGAAACCAAAAUUGAGAGUUGGGAAGACGAAGGCGAAAGCUGAUAACUUUACUGAUACGAGUUUUAAAGCUAAAUCUAUCGUACUCAACCAACAGUCCUUGACUACGGUCGCACCUUCUACCACUACACAACUCACUCACUACCUGUCACUUGCCUCGUCGUCGAAAUCCGACACCCAACGUAAAGACGCAUUGUCCUACCUGGUCUCGCGACUUUCAAACGCACCCUCGGAUGCUCCAACAUUACCAGCAUCCAUCCUCCUCCCAAAGCUCCUUCCCUUAAUUCUCGACGGAUCUACCUCGGUUCGAACGCAACUUCUUAAAUUAUUCAAGACCCUACCACCCGACGACGUAUCCGACAGAGCCGAAUCCGUAAUCCUCUACACCCGGGCGGGCAUGACCCAUCUAGCCACCGAAAUUCGCGACGAUGCUCUCAAUGUCCUAGAAUGGUUUCUCGACAUUACCGGCGACGCAAGUGUCAAAUGCCCAGGGGGCUGGGUCAAGACCUUCAACUCGUUUAUCAGCAUGAUGGGCUGGGCGCGCGACAAAAGCACUACCAGCAAAUGGACCUCGGAAAGUAAAGUCACCAUCAGCAAUAAAGCCAACAAGUCUUUCGCCCGCCAACUUACUCUCCUCGCUAAGUUCCUGAAAACCGGUUUGGACGAGGAAGUCAUCCUGGUUAAGAGAAGUCUAAACGAUAUUAAGUUCGAUCCAGCUACUUAUGCGCUGCCUACUGUACAUGAUCCGUUUGGGUAUUUGAAUCUGUUUGGACCGCCGAGAGAUGAGGAUGGUACUGCGUAUAUGGAUUCUGAUUCUAGGAGGAGAGUGUUCCAGAAAAGGUUUAGAGAGAUUGUGGAUAAGGGAGCGGAAGAUGCAAGGAGAGCUGGGGGUGAGACUGGAAGGGCGGGAUCACUGCUUACAAAGGUUGUUAAUGAGGGUAUGGCGAACUUCGAUUCCGCGACUUGA